AUGGCGUCCUGGGCUGCGCUUUCGCCCAGCAUCGUGGAAUAUUUCGAGGGCGAGGACUUCUAUCGCUGCGGCUACUGCAAGAACGAGUCGGGCAGUCGCUCCAAUGGCAUGUGGGCACAUUCAAUGACUGUGCAGGAUUAUCAGGAUCUCAUAGACCGAGGAUGGCGAAGAAGCGGGAAAUAUGUGUACAAACCUGUCAUGAAUCAAACAUGUUGUCCUCAGUACACCAUAAGGUGCCGACCUUUACAGUUUCAGCCAUCAAAAUCUCACAAGAAGGUUUUGAAAAAAAUGUUGAAAUUUCUGGCUAAAGGGGAAAUUUCAAAAGGAAAUUGUGAGGAUGAGCCCAUGGAGCCCACCGAGGAGGAUGCCGUUUCCAGUGACUUUGGGUUAAUAAAUAAAUUGGAUAUACACUGUGACCUUAAAACACUCAAUGAUGACCUCAGAAAGAGCUUAGAGAGUGAAGAGAAGAAGAAAGCAAAGAGGGAAGAAUCUGAUGAAAUAACCCAUUCACAAGAUAUGAAAGAGAAGUUGGGCUCUGGUGAACCAUCGUGUUCAGUUAAAGUGCAUACAGCUCCUCAACCAGGCAGAGGAGCAGAUUUGAGUAAGCCUCCAUGUCGAAAAGCAAAGGAAAUCAGGAAAGAAAGGAAAAGGUUAAAACUCAUGCAGCAGAACCCAGCUGGAGAAUGCGAGGGCUUCCAAGCUCAGUGUCAGCCCUCAUCUUUGCUCCCACCAAAGACUAAAUCCAACCAACCCAAGUCACUUGAAGAUUUAAUUUUUGAAUCUUUACCAGAGAAUGCAUCACACAAGUUAGAGGUGAGGGUGGUGAGAUCAUCUCCACCAAGUUCACAGUUCAAAGCCACAUUUCAGGAGUCUUACCAGGUCUAUAAACGUUACCAGAUGGUUGUUCACAGGGACCCGCCCGAUAAACCAACUGUGAGCCAGGUGAGGUUAGUACCUGUCUCCUUUGAGGACCCAGAGUUCAAGUCGUCCUUCAGCCAGUCAUUUUCUUUGUAUGUCAAGUAUCAAAUGGCCAUACACCAGGAUCCGCCCGAUGAAUGUGGGAAGACCGAGUUCACAAGAUUCCUUUGCAGCUCACCUUUGGAGACAGAGAAUUCCCCUAAUGGACCAGAUUGUGGUUAUGGCUCCUUUCACCAGCAGUACUGGCUUGAUGGGAAGAUCAUUGCUGUGGGGGUGAUUGACAUUCUUCCAUACUGUGUAUCAUCUGUAUAUUUGUACUAUGAUCCCGAUUACUCAUUUCUGUCUUUGGGUGUCUACUCUGCGCUCCGAGAAAUUGCUUUUACUAGGCAACUUCAUGAGAAAACACCUCAACUCAGCUAUUACUAUAUGGGCUUCUACAUUCAUUCAUGUCCCAAGAUGAAAUAUAAGGGUCAGUACAGACCGUCGGAUUUGCUGUGUCCUGAGACGUAUGUUUGGGUCCCCAUUGAGCAGUGCCUGCCCUCACUUGAGAAAUCCAAGUACUGCCGUUUCAACCAGGACCCGGAAGCAGUAGACGAAGGUCGCAGCAAGGAACCUGACCGCCUGCAGGUGUUCUACAAGAAAGCCAUAAUGCCUUACGGUGUUUACAAGAAGCAGCAGAGAGACCCGAGCGAGGAGGCGGCUGUGCUGCAGUACGCGAGGCUGGUGGGGCAGGUGUGCUCCGAGCGGAUGCUGCUGUUCCGAAACUGA